AUGAGGGUGCGAACGAAGGAGGAGGAGCUUGCAGACACGGACUAUAGACCGGUCAACUGGAAGAAGGUCUUUUUGUCGCCCAAGUACAUACCAUGGCACAUCCUGGGCAUACUCAUCGCUAUCGCGACUAUUUUCAUAACCAUACGCCAUGAUCAAGUUGUUGAGAAACUACGACCGUUCUCAGAGGGAGUCAGAAACCUCCCAGCAGGCUGGCUUAUCCCCAUCGCUAUUCUAAUCAUCAUAUCCUUUCCCCCACUCUUUGGUCACGAAAUUGUCGCACUACUAUGCGGUGUUGUAUAUGGCCUCUGGAUCGGAUUCCUGAUUGUUGGCGCAGGCACUUUUAUUGGAGAAAUCGGCACAUGGUUUGCUUUUAAAUAUUUUUUCCGGCGCAAAGCCAUCAAACUGGAGCGCACAAACCUCAACUAUGGCGCCAUGGCUCGCCUUACCCGUGACGGUGGUUUUAUCAUCGUCCUCGUUAUCCGUCUCUCCGCCAUCCCAGCGCAUUUCUCUACCGCCGUGUUUUCAACCUGUGACGUCAAAUUCUGGCACUUUGUCGUCGCUACUUUCGCCUCUUUACCUAAGCAAAUCUUCUUGGUCUACCUCGGCGUCCUUUUGAUACAGCAGGGUAACGCCAAUGUGAUCAAGACGGUCAUGUUUGGUGCGGUGUUCGUGAUUACGGUUGCGAUGGGAGUCUGGAUUUAUUUGAAGAUGCGGAAAGUCAAGAAAGUAUUGCUGGAUGAGCAGGAGAUGAGGAGAGUGAAGAAGACGGAGGGGGCACAACUGGUGCCGAGUGUUAGCGAUGCGUUUGAGAGGAGGUAUGAUGAGGAGCCCCGGGAAUGGACGAUGGCGCCAACACAACCUACUCGGAUCGUAUAG